AUGAAUAUCGUAACAUUUAAUUACAUAGAGAUACAACGGGGCAAUGAUAUCACAGAUACAGAUACAUUUUCAUUCAUUAUUAAUGAUGAAAGAAUAGAAUUAUCAAAGUUUAUCUCAAUAAUAAUUUCAAAUUCUGUUCAUGAUGCAUAUUUACGCGAUCGUUCAGUUAAGUCAGUUAGCAAAUAUCUGAAUCUAUUAUGCAAUAAUACAAUCGACAUGAUUUCUGAAUUUUUCAAAACAGGUGUUCUCAGGUUCGAAAACGAUCAUUCGCAUAAUAGAGAUGUAUUUGAAAUUGGAAAGGCUUUUGAAAUUGAUUUCUUGACCAGCAUUUUUUGUGCAUUUGUUAAGUCAACAUACAAAGAAAUAAAUGAAGAAAACUUUUAUGAUAUCUACGAUUGCUCAACAAUUGAAAAUGAUACAAAUAGGAUGAACGAAUGCAUUUCAUUCUUUGCAUCGAAGAUGUUUGUUCUACAAGAAGGAUACAAAAUAAAAACAAUCAAAAGAUAUGGAUAUGACUUUUUUGAAAGUGUUUUGAGGUCAAAAUCUCUGAAAAUAUCAAACGAAGAUUCAUUAGUCAGUACAAUUAUGAGUUUAAGCGAAGAUGAUAUUUCGUUCUUUUCUCUUCUUAAUCUAGUAAGAGUUGAAUUUUGCAACAAUAUUUCUAUUAAAUCAAUAAAAAACUUUGCAGUCAAACAUGGUUUAGAGUCAAUUUCAACUGAAGUCUUCGAGAGUGCUUUGCUAAAGCGUUCCAAAAUUCAUGGUGAACUUCAACUCUCUAAUUCAAAUUAUUUUAGUCUGAAAGCAUUUCCAAAUAAACUUCAGCUUUCUAAUGCAAAUUGUUUUAAAGUAGAAACACUUCAAAAUAAACUUCAGCUUUCGAAUGCAAAUGAGUUUUGUUUAGACACAUUUCCAAAUGACCUCAAAAUUUCAAACGUGGAAGAGAUUCGUGUAAAUGAUAACUCAUAUGAUAACAUGAGAAAAUUAGGAAGUUUGAGAAAAGAACAACAAUAUUAUAAUCAAAUUUAUGAAGUUCUUGAAAAAGCAUCAAAGGAAGAAGACCUUUUGACAAUCAAAUUUGCCGUUGAUGAAAAAUAUUCUAAUGUUCGCCGCAAUAAUGAAAGAAAUAUGAUUCUUGAAGCAGCUUAUAAAGAUAAUUUAUGUCUUGUAAAAGAUUUGUUCAACCAGGGUGCAGAUAUAAGAAGUAGAAAUAUUUAUAAUAAAACAAUUCUUCAUUUAUUUUGUGAAAUAGGUAAUUUAGAAGGUGUCAAAUUUGCUCUUAACUACAUAGAUAUCAAUGACGCCACAUUCAGAAAUCGUACACCCCUUUAUUUUGCUAUCGAUAAUAAUCAUGCGGAUAUCUGCGAAUUUCUUAGUUCUCAGCCUAAUAUCAAUAAAAAUGUUAAAAACAAAGAUAAUGAAACUCCACUUCAGUUUGCAAUACGCCUCCAACGAGAGAAUAUUAUUGAAAUUCUUCGUAGAAAUGGAUUCGCGUGA